AUGGCGGUGGGCGGUGCUAUUUUUUCAAAACAGGCGACUUGUGCGCUGGCGGAUUUGAUGGUUAGGCCCGCAGCCGUCCACGAAUCCAAAACGGGUCGUUGGAUAAUGUUUGAACGCACGCUCCGCCUUGGUAUGGUCGGGCCUGCAUCGUUUAUUGUAACAGUAGUUCUUGGUGCGUCCCACCUCACCAUUGAUUGCAGAUGCAGCAGCAAGAUUGAAAACACCUGCGGCGAUGUCACUGGCCGCUGCUCCCCUUUCCAUGCCCCUCCACAUCUCGUGCUCUUCUCCUGGAGCGUCUCCAUUGGGCCUUGGGCCUUCGUCUGCUGGGGCUCUGCGAGGUGGUCCUGGGUUGCCCGGAGCCGGCCACUGCAAGACCGCGCUGGGGAGCCAGCAUACCGUGAAGCACUGCACGACGAGGGCUUCUGCCAGCUUGCUGCCGUGGAGGCAUUUUUCAGUGUGAUGCGCAGCCCGAUGCUACGAUUCCGAUUUUUCUUGCUAGCAUGCAGCAGUCAAAUUCUUAGACGCUUCGCGUAG